UAUGGUUGAGUGUGCUAGUGUAAAACAUUAAGUUGGCGUUAUUGAACUGUAAAACCAUUUUAACAUGCAUUCAUACGUAACGGAGCGAAGGAUACUGUGCUAUGCAAAUGUUAAGUGGCGCUCUAAUGGUUGCAGGGAGGCAGAAGAUCAACUCAGAGACAGGACUGUUGGCUGUUUCCUUAUCAGACUCAGUGAAAAGGGCAUUGGAUACAUUCUUUCAUACAAAGGACAUGAUCGCUGUCGCCAUUUUGUCAUAAAUCAAACCAGAACCGACCUGCUCGUCGUCUCUGGUGACUCCACCACUCAUAACAGUCUCACAGAGCUGAUUGAUUACUUUAAAACCACACCCAUCCAGCCUUUCGGAGAGUACCUCACUUCGUACACCACGGACGUUGAUUCUGUUGAAGAGGAUUCCAAACAUGAGCUUUAUGAUGUGGUUCAAAGUAAGCCCAUCAUUAAGUUAGGAGUGAGUGUAAAGGCUCUAAAAAGUUUGUGGGAACAAACUAGUGAUGCUCAUCAGGAGACAAGUUCAGUUCUGCCCCCUAAAAGUAGCCGCAAACUCACUACCUCUACUUCCUUUGACAGAGACAGCCAUUCACAGGAUAAGAGGAUUCCACCUUUGCCAAAGAAAAAUGCACCACUUCGGAAUUCCUUAAGCACGGGUUAUCUUGGUCCAAAUGCCUCUCAUGAUAAACAACAUCUCUUUGAACCAAUGACAUCUAGUAAAGGGGUUGAUGAGAAACCUCAUGGCAUCAGAAAGAGGGAUUCCUUGGACACCGAGGGUGGCAAAUCUCAAUUAAAGGGUCCUGAGAACAUUCUCCCUAUAUCUAUACAAACAAACCCAACUCCCCAGGAUGAAUACAAUGAAAAUUCACAGUCUCUGGCAUUUGACCCCUGUGACCCUACAUCCUCCUCCCCUCCACAGCUUCCACCCAAAACAGCCUCCAGCUCUUACGCUUUUCUUAUAUUUAAAAAGACUCAUACUGAAGCUGGUCAGGUAACCCUGGAGCCCAAUCCACUCUACGAGGGCGUGUGCACUAAGAAGGAUGUCCAAACUGAGUCAGAUUAUGACAAUCGCACAAAGACCAUCUACAAAACCCUUUUAUUUGAAAACACAUAUCAAGUCAUACCUGACCAACGUGACAAUGACACUUAUGAGCACAUACUAGAGAUCCAUGGGAACGAUACCUAUGAAGAUAUCCCAGCAUCAGACAAUAACACAUAUGCAAGUUUGGAGGAGAUGCAACUGCACACAGUGAAGAAGAAUCACAAGUGGUGGAAAUUUCAUCCAGAAAGCAAGAAAAAGUAAUUUGAGGUGGCAUCAUGGUAUGAUAUAAAUGCUACAAUUCUAGAUGAAUGCCUA